AAUUAUCUGCUGGGGAAGAGAGAGAAUUUUGAGAUGGGAGACCGAAAUAAGGAAGCUUUACUCGAGGAGUUUUUCUGUGGAAGUUCUGUGACUGUUCCAGAGAUUGAGGGAUUGCUUUGGCUGAAAGAGGAUGGCAAGAAAUCCUGGAAGAAGCGCUAUUUCCUCCUCAGAGCUUCUGGAAUAUAUUAUGUCCCUAAGGGCAAGACAAAGACCUCUCGCGACCUGGCUUGUUUCAUUCAGCUGGACCACGUGAAUGUGUAUUAUGGACAGGAUUACCGCAGUAAAUACAAGGCUCCCACGGACUACUGCUGCGCUCUCAAGCACCCUCAGAUCCAGAAGAAAUCUCAGUACAUCAAGUAUCUCUGCUGUGAUGAUAUCAGAACUCUUCACCAGUGGGUGAAUGGCAUUCGCAUUGCCAAGUACGGGAAACAACUAUAUGACAACUACCACGAUGCUGUGAAACGAGCUGAAGCAGCAUAUGAAUGGUCAUCCUUAUCCAGUGCCAGUAUGAAAUCUGGGUCUAGUUCUUCCAGUUUGCCAGAAUCCCAUUCAAACCAUUCGAACCAGUCAGACAGUGGCGUUUCUGACUUACAGUCUACAGGUCAUGUUCGCUCCCAAAGUAUUGUCAGCUCCAUUUUUUCAGAGGCUUGGAAAAGAGGCACACAACUGGAGGAGCAACAGCAGCACUCCAAGGUAAGAGGAAAAAAUUCUACCCUCUGGAUACACAGAUUAAAAAUAGCGAGCUUUACCUCCUACCCUUACUGAUGAGC